UUAAUGUUCAUAUCCAAUAAUGUAGGUUGGUUAUUUAUUCAGUGAAAAAAAACCAAUUAAAUAUAUGUAGUAUUGGUCGAUAGUCUCCAUAACCAAUUGUAAAGCUCUCUGAGUACUAUAUAAUAAUCCAUGUGUUUGAAUUUUAUCCAUAUAUAAUGUACAUUAAAGGGACACCGUCUAAUUUCACAACUUGUCAUAGCGGAAAAAGUACCUGAAUUAACUGCCUACCCUGCAAAAGUCUCUCCUUGCCACCCAAAGGACCGCCCUAUUCUCCUCUUCUCUCCCCCUCUCUCUCUCUCUCUCUCUGAUUCUUCCUCGCAGCGUGGAGUCGCUAUGGGGAAGUGGUCGACAUCGCCGCCGGACAUUGAAAAGGGUCAUCAAAAGUCCCGGCCAUCUCAAUCAUCGCGGCCACCACCUCCACCAUCACAGUUUUGUCCACCAACACCUAAGCCAUGGUUCUCUUGGCUGGUACCUCUCAUACUUGUGGCCAACAUUGCCAUGUUUGUCUACAGCAUGUACCUUAACAAUUGCCCUUCAACAAUUGAUGGUGCCGCCGACCAAUGUAUUCUCUAUCAUUAUUUGAAGAGGUUUUCUUUCCAACCCUUUAAAGAAAACCCUCUCCUUGGCCCUUCCACCACCACGCUAAAACAACUAGGGGCCCUGGACCGGAACCUUGUCGUGGAACAUCACCAAGCAUGGCGCCUGUUGUCUUGUAUGUGGCUUCAUGCUGGUGUCGUCCAUUUACUCACCAACAUGUUGAGCCUCAUCUUUAUCGGAAUCCGGCUUGAGCAGGAGUUUGGCUUUUUGAGAAUCGGAGUCUUGUAUGUACUCUCUGGUUUUGGAGGAAGUUUAUUGUCAAGUCUUAAUCUCGAUCCAGCUGAUAGGCCAACCAUAUCAGUUGGCGCAUCCGGUGCUCUUUUUGGAUUGUUGGGAGCCAUGCUCUCUGAGCUUCUCACUAAUUGGACAAUUUAUGCAAACAAGUGUGCAGCCCUGUUGACUCUGGUGCUGAUUAUCAUUCUCAAUUUGGCCUUUGGAUUUCUCCCUAACGUUGACAAUUCAGCUCACAUCGGAGGCUUCAUCGCCGGUUUUCUCCUCGGCUUCAUUCUUCUCAUUCGCCCUCAGUUUGGAUACGUUAGCCGUAAAUACAUUCCUGCAGGGUACAAUCUCAACCGCAAACCAAGACACAAAUGUUAUCAAUACAUCUUGUGGAUAUCGGCUUUGCUAGCCUUACUUCUGGGGUAUGCAUACGGCUUAAUGAAGCUAUAUAGCGGCCGGCCAAUGAAGAAUACUGCUUUGUAGUUCAACAAUAGAAACAGAGAAAUACUUUGACUAAUUUUGUUUCUCA